AUGCCCUACUUGCACUGGGAGGAAGAUCGUAAGCGCGACAAGAUGGCUAAAAUUAUCGACAAGGAUUCGGAGAGAAACCGAGAGGAACUUGAGAAGCAGCGCAAUGCAGCCCGGGCCCGGAGAGUAAGCGAACGUACUUUCAAGCCAACCCCUACCAACAACAAGCAAGUACGAAACCUGCUCGAGCCCGACCUUUGCCGUAUCAGGCACCACGACAAAGUUUCUCCGAUUCAUAAGGAAAGCAUCAUCAAAGCUUGGAAGAAGAACGCAGGCGGAAAACCGAACGGCAAGCAAGAGAAGACUAUGGUCGACGUUGCUAGUGGACUAGCAACAGGGGGUGCGGUUGAACAUGAGCACGGCAGUGAUGGCGACAACCUGUGGUCUGUCCCCAAGCUGGAAUGCUCCGAUCAUGGGAGGCUGCGGAUUGAGAACAAGCUAGGGCAGUUUCUUUUGGAUUCCGCAAGGCUGUAUGAGGCAAUGUCCAUGUAUAGAGAUCAGUGUCUGGUUGAGAAGUACCUUCACCACGAUCCACCUCUACAUCCCCGACGCACCCUCGACCAGUCUUACUACUGGACUCUAAAGACAACAAAAGCGAGAGACAGAGACCAAGUUGUCUAUCGUGGCACAACUAUGGAUGAGAGAAACAUCCAUAGAUUUCGAGAACGCCGUGGAGACCCUGCACAGUCUUGUAAAGAGAAGAAACCGUUUCGGCGCUUCUCUUCUCCCUCAACCACUGAGCAAAACACUGGCUGUGAUGUUCAGGCCUCAUCCGAAAGCAAUUUCGGCCGCUAUAAAUGGGAUGGCCACUGGACGAAGACCGACGAGGACGGCUGCGACCACUGUAGAGACGAGAUACGCAAAGUGUCCAGGAUUGUCAUGGUUGACCAGCUGUGGAUGUGGAUCUUGGACAAGCGGACGAUCAUCACCAGUUUCCCGAAAAGAUACGGCGCCAACAAGUCAGAUCCCUCGGGAGUUCACAAGUCGAUACGCACCCGUAUCAAGCACGCUCGCAAGAACCAAAUUCGAUCUGUCUUUGAUGUAGCGCUCAUCAUUCUCGAUGAGUGCUCGAACACAUUCUUCGACAGGACCAAAACACCAGAUCGACAUCCGCAGGUCAUGGACAUAUUCGCCGAGUCCAUCGGCACUCUGCAUCUAUGGCACUGGACUGAGCAAGCCUCCAAGGUGUACCAUUCCAAGUCAGCGUUUGAGGACACAUCCCAUCUUCACGUCCCGCUUCUUAAUAUCAACCCCGAGGGCAAGCUGCAGCGAGAGAUAAAAGAUAUUAUCGAUGAGCUAGACAUCAUGAUACAUGUCAAUGGGAAACAGAGGGAGGUCAUCAAACGGUUUGUAAAGCACGUUGAAAACAUCUACGACCCGAGUGGUAAGUGGCGGGACGAGACACUCAGCCCGGAUGGCAACCGGGACUACUUUCGUUCCCGGUCAAUGUCGCGAAGUGGCGAAGAGGUCAGAUCUACGGAAGAGGCUAGGAAACAAGAGGAACGCGAGAAGGAUGAGUUUACUUCGUUCCGCAAACAGGCAUACGAUCUCAUAUCGGAUGUGGACGACCGAAUGAACGAGCUCGAAAGCCUGCGCAAAAGCGCCGAAACUACAUCGCAAGGCAUCAAAGACCUUCUCGACCUGAAACAGCAGCAGGCUAGCAUUCUGCAGGCAUGGCAGUCAGUCAGACAGGCAGACGAGAGCGUUCGCCAAGGAAGAUCUGUCAUGAUCUUUACGAUUGUUACCAUCAUAUUUGCUAACAUUGAUGCCAAGCUACCACUGUCGUUCAUGUCUAGUGUGUUCGGCAUGAACAAUAGAGAUAUCGGCGACACCAACAUGUCUUUUGGAGACCAGGCGAGUUGGAUGUAUUGGAGAGUGGAAGAAAGACUGGACGACGAGCGAUAA